AUGAAGGACAGCCGUGCGAGCAAGCAAGGUUUCGAAAGGGAUUCAGCACGACUGACCACAUUCAUUCUGUUUCGAAAGUCAUCGAGGUACCACGAGAGUACAAAUUUGCCGCUUUGUCUCACCUUCAUCGAUUUGAAGAAAGCCUUCAAAUCAGUUGAGACGGAAGCAGUCACAGAAGCCCUGGACAACCAAGGCGUCCCUACUCAGUAG